GAGAUGCACAGUGAGCUCUAAACCACUGCUCGUCAUAUAUAGGAACGUAUACUUGGGGAAAUCAAUCGCUGGGUGCAGGGGGCUCGCUUGGAAGAGGAGCUGCCGAUGCCUGAUGAAGUCACCGGAGACGGGAAGACACCGGUAGAUGUUCUUUGAUACGAGAAGGGACCGGUUUAAUUUCCUGGGGAGGUAUAGAAUUGGAUGCAGGAGUGGUAUCUGUGACUGUGGGCUGUAGAGGAAUACAAGGAUUAAUUUUAUAGCAGUUUUUUAUGUAUUAUGGGUUCUUCUAAGCGAAAAAUGGGCUCAAAUACAGAACUGGCCAACAGCAUCCUCAAUAAAUUAAAAGAAAGCAAUGGUUCCAUGGAAACUCUUGAAUUGGCUCGAUCGCUGGGAAGGCGUUCUCGCAAGGACGUUAACCCCACGCUGUACCGGAUGCAAAAGAACGGCCUUAUCUUGAAGGUGUCCGCAUCACCUCCAAAAUGGGGCUUAAAACAUGAGGUGACUGUUGGCCCUCUGCAUGGUGCGACCGCAGAGGAUGGGGACAAUCAGCAGGAGGCAGAAGAAACUGGGGAGGAAGCCCUUUCUGGUGGCAGCGGUGGGAUCGACAGAGAGGAUGUCGGGGAAACGGAAGUCAUGGAGGAAGGGAGCGGAGGUGACGUUCCUGCCGCGGAGCCUUUGGGUCGUCCUAUUAAUCAUUCCACACCCAUAGACGCAGGUCGGCUUUUCCCUCCGAAUCACUCCGGGUACAACGGGACACAUCCUCUGCCCGGCGUUGACCCCAUGCCUUCGCCAACCAACAAUUCCAGCUCAAGUGAUGAUUCAGAAACGGCGGAGCAACCUGUUAUGUUUGCAAAACCGCCACCUCCACCACACGAACUGCAGCAAAGCUUCUCAAAGCCAUACACGCCAAAUGGCAUGGACCAUAGGUUACUGGUGGCGUUGAACGAAAAAGUAGAAUCUAUCCAUUCCAAUGAUCUUGCCAAACAGCUUGGUUACCGCACCAAGAAGGAGAUCAACCCAACUUUGUUUAGUAUGCAAAAGAAAGGACUUGUAAGAAAAGUGUGUGAGUCUCCCCCUAUGUGGGUCAUCACCCAGUACGGGAGACAGAUUCUCGAGACUGAUCAGCAGCAGCAGCAAAGUGCAGAACAGGCGCAACCGAAACCGAGUCAGUUUCCAGGGAUGGUGAGUCCUCCCGUGCCAGGCAUUGCUCCUCAGAUGGUAAACAUGGGACCACAGAUGGAGCAGUUCCAGGGAACUCCUGGACAUCCGUUCCCGCACAUCCCUCAGAGUCCCCAACCACUCCUGAAUACCAACGACGACAGACAGUCCAUCCAUAAUGAAAGAGUCAAUCUCCAAGCAGCAAUUAAUGCGGGGAUACCGCCAGAAUUUGCCACGUUAAUGUUUGCCUCUGCGGACAUGGAGAUGAAGGUUUUGUGCGCAUUGAGCAAUCAACAGACUCAAGGAACUCUAGAGAUAGUCCAUAAUGUAGGUCUCAACAGAGGCAAGGCCAAAGAUGUGAAUCCUUCGCUCUAUGGGCUUGCCAAACGGGGAUACAUCACUAAAGUCACGGACAGUCCUCCAACCUGGCACAUCAACGAGAAGGGCGUCGACCUCAUCACCAAGGAGAAAAAGCCAAUGGAAAUGAACGGCGCCACCAAACCGAUGGAGAUUCCAAACCAUGUCAACCUGGUGACGGGGGCACCCGGAGUUCUCAUGUCACAACCAAUGGGGGCGCCAAACCAUCAGAGUGGCAUGCUUCCUCCUGAUCCUCGGUCUCUCCUGCAGAGUUGGGAUCAAGGAAGACAAGGUCCUGGCUUUAUCCCAGUCUCUUCUUUUACACCAACCAUUCCUACUCAGGUUGCCCCCAUCCGAGCUACCACCAUGCCUUACAUGCCCCCCAAUUCCUUUGCAAACCAAGUCAACAGCACCCCUAUCCCAGCAUCACCAGCUCCCCAGCCACAGUCUUCCCACAAUGCACCAGCCAUCGGGUCGUCGACAGGUCAGGCAAUCAACAAUGAGAUGUUUGCUGCUAUCAAUAAGAACCCUGUGAGUGCGUUGACGGAGUAUGCCCAGGCCAGGCAUCUACCGGUUUCAAUAGAUCUUCUUCAGCAGUCUGGACCACCACAUAAUCCAAGGUUUGUCUUUGCUGCCUGCGUUGGAGGAAGAAGGUUCCAGCACGUCACGAGUCGGAGCAAGAAGGAUGGAAGGAGAGAAGCGGCUGAUAUGGCCCUCCGUACUUUGGUAGCAGAGGGUUCUCUGCAACCCAAGCUAACGCCAAUGCCAGUUGUCUCGACUUCAUCCAAUGGGGAAACAACAUUCUUUGACCGUAUUGCUGCCUUAAGUCAUCAAACGUUCAACUCGCUGGCUGCUAGCAUCCCCGACUCAAUCAGCGGAAGGAAAGUCCUCGCCGCUCUAAUCAUGAAACGAGGCGAGGAGGACGAAGGAACGGUUAUCAGUUUAGGAACAGGCAAUCGGUGUGUGACGGGAGACAAGCUUAGCAUGGAAGGACGAACGGUCAAUGAUUCUCAUGCUGAGAUUAUCACCAGAAGGGCUUUCUUGAGGUAUCUGUACAAUCAGCUCCAAACCUACGCCAAGACACCCAACGAAACCAUCCUUACUCAGGGAAGCAACGGGAAGCUCCGCCUCCUUCCAGAAGUGACCCUUCACCUCUACAUUAGCACCGCCCCCUGCGGAGACGGGGCGCAGUUCUCCCGGACGGACGCCGGGGAGAACGAAGAGGGCCCGGAAGGGAUUGAUUUCUGCGGCUUUGCCAAACAUCUACCAACGUUUGGUAAAACCAGUCAGGGAUUGCUCAGAACGAAGAUGGAACAAGGAGAAGGCACUAUUCCCGUAAACACCCGUGAAUCUGUACAGACGUGGGACGGCAUCAUGAGAGGGGAGAGGCUCCGGACAAUGUCAUGCAGCGAUAAAGUAGCCAGUUGGAAUCUGCUCGGACUACAGGGGGCGCUGUUGUCUCAUUUCAUUGAGCCUAUCUACUUGAGUUCAAUAUCAUUAGGUUCAUUAUACCAUCAUGGCCACCUCGCGAGGGCGGUCUGCUGCCGGGUCUCGUCCGCCCAUGACAACUUCACCCCUACGGAGCUGGAUAACCUAUCUCUCCCUGCAGAGUAUCAUGUCAACCAUCCCCAGCUCGGGUGCGUAAGAGCCAUAGAUCCACCAAGGGGUACAGAGAAGACCAAGUCAUUGAGUAUCAACUGGUAUAAGGGGUGCGAGAAACCGGAGGUGACGGAUGGGACCAAAGGAAGAAUCCAGGGUGUCCUUCACUCCCAGCUAUGCAAGGCCGAGAUGUUCAGCGAGUACCAGCAGACGUGCCGACUCUUCGACCGAUGCGACCUCCUGGAAGCCAGGACCUACCACGAUGCCAAGCUCAGUGCCGAGAGCUAUCAUUCUGCCAAGAAGUAUCUGAAGUGCAUCCUGAACCAGGCUAACUAUGGCUCGUGGAUGGAAAAACCCAUAGAAGAAGAGCUCUUUGCCAACUGAAUGAUC